UUCUGUAACUCUUUAAAUUAUUUUCCAGAAAUCUCUGACUUCUCUGAAAUGUACAAAUAUGCUGUCUAUUGGAUAGUACAGAUUUACACUACAGUCGGCUUUGGGGAUAUAUUGUCUCUAAAUCUCGGGGAAGUGAUGGCAUGUACUUUCAUAAUGAUCCUGUCCAAAAUACAAGUGAUUUAUAAAAUGGGACUUCUCAUAGCUACGCAAACCAACAAGAACACACUACAAGUAGCCUUUGAGGCGAAACUGCAGACCAUUCUGGAGUACAUGAAGCAUGAAAGAAUCCCACGGCAAUUGCAAAAUCGUGUGUCACAUUUUUACAACUAUCAGUGGAACCGCAACAAGGGGAUCUGCACCGAGGAAUUGUUCAGAGGUGUCCCGCGCUGUUUGAAAAUGGACGUUUUGAUGAGCAUCUGUGGGGAGUAUUUAAAGAGUCAUCACCUCUUCUCUCAUUUUACAAUACCCGUCAUGAGGGAACUUUCCGCGAGAGUCACCUUCCGAUGUUUCCCUGUUGGAGAAUGCAUUUACAGAAAGGGAGACAGCGGCACUGAAAUCUACUUUCUUUUAAUUGGCAAAGUUAAUCUGUGCCUGGACACCAGAGGUCAUGAGGUCUAUCAGCGGCUGUGUCGCGGAACAGCUUUCGGCGACCGCAUUGUAAUAGAACACACCCGCCAUGACACCGCCAUCGCUGCCAACUAUGUGGAUGUUGCUGUUCUCUCCAAAACCUCUUUGGCAUCUUUAAGUCAUCUUUAUCCAGCUGCCAUGCAUAAGCUAAAGGAGAAACUUGCUGAUAUUCAGCAGGAGUAAAGCAAUUCUUAUUGUUUGUGUAUUGUAUGGUUUUGUAUAUUGUAGUUUAUCUUAAUG